UUACAGUAGGUCUGUUUAUCCACCGGAUUCAGGCGUAACGAACAGAUAUCACAUCUAAUAAAUGGUUUAAGUUCGUCGGAUAGUAGCAACAAAUAACGUACCAACUGUGCCUUGAGUGACUUUGGUGUUUGAGAAAACGUAUGGAUAUUGCUCUAAUUGAAACAAAUACGUGUGUGCCGAGUUUUGUCGAACACGAACUGUCUAACAGCGAUUAUUUGAUUUAGCCCCCAUCUUCGAAAUCGUUUAGGCAGCGAUCCUCCCAUUUUAGCGGAUUUUUAAAAAUCACUGUGCGCGUUUCAUCACAGUGAAGAAAAGGGUGAAAAUGUUUGGUAAUCGUCCUGUUUCUCGCAAAGUAAGCAACUACAUUUAUUUCAGACUGCCACGAAAAUAGACUGCAUAGGUCAAAUGCGAAAAAACUGGAGGGUGCGUCUAUCCUCUGAAAUUGCGAAAGAGGAACAUACAGAACUAUGAAAUAUAGAGUGAGACGCGCGCCCGAUGAGCGGAGAGUCAAAUUUCAGCGCACCUGCAACACAAGUAAUUUUCCAUCCGACUUCGGCUCUCUGGGAUUGGUGCCAAAGUGGGUGGGUCCAUCGUCAGGUUGAUUAUUUGAAUUUUAAAAAUCCUCCCUUCGGUUCCGAUAGGGGAUUGGAACCUGCUGAGUUAUUUUACAUUGUCAGAUUUACCAGAUAUACGCCACACUGUAGGGAAUAGCCUAACUGAAAUGUCAUGAGAUCUUUUUUCAAAUGACAACUUACGAAGACGAUAUAUCUUUCUUAGGGGAAUGGGGAGUCUUUCAGAAAAUUAUUUUCUAUUUGUUGAGCGCUACUUGUAUAACUACUGGGUAUGCUGGAGUGGCUGCAAUCUUUCUUGGAGACUCACCGCCACACCACUGUAGACGUCCACCCUCACACCUAAACAGCACUGCAAGCGAUGGAAACCAAUCCGUACCCUACCGGGAGGCGGAAGAUGGAUGGGUCCUCAGAAGUUGUUCUCGUUCCAGAAACAUUAGUGAAUCUGCGUUCGGAUACUGGAAUGAGAGCGAAGGUUGCUUGGACGGGUGGGACUUCAGCACUGAAAGAUAUGAAUCCACAAUUGUUACGGAGUGGAAUUUGGUGUGUGACGAGGCUUGGAAACCACCCUUCGCCGCUUCCAUCUAUUUCUUCGGGGUGCUAAUAGGAUCGUUCGUUUCUGGACACUUUUCUGACAGGUUUGGAAGGAAACCUGUUCUAUUCGCCAGCAUGGCACUGCAGAUCAUCUCCACUUUAUUGCAGGCUACGUCAACCAGCUGGGUGAUGUACUGUGUGUUCAACUUCUGUAUAGGAAUGGGGACCUUUUCAAAGUACAAUGCUGCCUUUAUCCUUGGAUGUGAGUUUCUUGUUAAUUGGCCCCGCACUGUCUUUGCCGCCGUGGGAACUUCUCUGGCCACCGCCGUGGGCUACGUCCUCCUGGUGGCGUUUGCCUACUUCAUACGGAGUUGGCGGAUGCUGCUCGUGGCCCUGGCCGCCUUUGGGUUCCUGUUCAUUCCGGUGUGGUGGUUCAUCCCAGAAUCACCACGGUGGCUCCUGUCACAGGGGAGGGUAGGCGAGGCAGAGGCUGUCAUUCGAGCUGCCGCCAAGAGGAAUGGAGUCCCUGCACCUGAGCGCAUUUUCAAGAUGGAGGACACUGCCCUCCUGAAAAAAACAGACCAGAAAAUCAGGUAUGACCAAGUGUAUUCAUACCUUGAUCUUUUCAAAACGGCAAAUAUUAGGAACAUGACCAUCCUCGUCAUCAUCACAUGGUUCGUGGUGGUGUCGACAUUCUUCAGCCUCUCUCUCAGCACCCCCAACCUGGACGGGGAUCCCUACCUGAACUGCUUCUUCUCGGCGUCCGUUGAGAUACCAGGCUACGUUGCCACCUUGCUGUUUGUCUAUUACUGCAGGCGUACCACUGGCCUCCUCACCCUAAUGCUGUUCUCCGGUUUCACACUGCUGAUCAUUCCAUUCAUCCCGCAAGAUCUGAGGGUGCUGAUCAUUGUCCUGGUGAUGUCGGUGAAGACGGCCGUCGCUGCGGCCUACAGCUUCAUCUACGUGUACUGCCUGGAGCUGUACCCCACCGUGGUGAGAAACAUGGGCCUGGGCUUGGCCACCAUAAUGGGCUGCUGUGGCAGCAUGGCUGCCCCCUACAUCUCCUACAUCGGGGAAUAUAACCAGUACGUCCCCUUCUGCCUACUCGGAAGCCUCUGUGUAUUUGUGGGGGCGAUCAGCAUUCUGCUCCCCGAAACGAAAGAUACAGGACUUCCGGAAAUCAUAAGCCAAGUGAAACCGCUCAGCUGUAAAUGUGGGAAGGAGCCGGUUGCUGUCGAGAUGAAGACAGAAGUUUAAAGGAAGAGAGAAAAAAAUCUCUAAAGGAGCUGGUUACCAUUGAUAAUUGCAGCCAUAUUAUGUUUCUGCUGGGGUAUGUGCAAUUAUGUUGUAUUAUAAUUAUUACCAUUCAAUUUUAUGUUACAUUUUAAUUUACCGAUGGAAAAGGAUGUAUUUUACUGGGUUUUAUUUGUUCCUUUGUACUUUUAUUUUCAACAAAAGUGUUGAUAAAUAGUCUUAUGAGAGUUAUUAAAGGAAAUGUGUGCGUGUGUGUGUAUUUUAAUUUUCAGUCCCUCUCUCCUCCUGUUUUUCACUAGAUAAAAUAUUUGACUUUCUUUUAGUUCAGUCAGUUUUUGGGCAACCUGAGAGGAAGUUUAUAACAGUUAAUUGGAAGUGGGCACUUAGGUCUGGCGUUCUACAUGUCAUCUCUGGUUCUUCUGGAAUAUUCUGCUGUCUUUUGGUUCUUGCAUUUUGGAUUACUUUGGGACAAAUAAGCUGGGUUUUGUGUCUUCUCUCAUUCACUUCUUGUGUGACUGCCCAUGUCUGUAACCUUUGUUAAUUGUUUCACGGUAGUUGAACCUUGUCUUUAGAUUAGACGUGAAUAAUGUGACUUAAUUUCUUAAUUUUCAUCUGGUUGUGAGUUGUACAUUUUGAUAAAGGUUGAUCCAACAGUUUGCUCUGCCUAUAAACAAAUUCAGCAAUUUAACUGAUAAUUAAUAUCUUUGACCAAAUUAAAUAAAAUAAAUAUAUUUUACAUGUUGGAUAAGUGAGGUGUUUUAACUUUUGAAGCACUUCUGUUUGGUAUUUGUGGUGCCGGACGCCAAACAAGUGUUAACAGUUAAAACUAAAAUUAAAAAAUUGAAUAUAUUUCACUUAAUCCUCACCUGAGUCCUGACCAUCAGUAGGCCAGCAGACCUUUACAUAAUUGAAUGCAGCUUUUCCCAGUUAGGGAUGGUUUCAACUACAGUUUAUGUACAGCACUUAUUAGAUCCUUCCAGAACACUAGAAUUAUUAAAUCUGUUGCCAUCAUCAGUAGAUAAGUGUGCAGUGUAUGACUUUAUGGUUGUUUUUUUCAGGCAGGCUGGAGAGUAUUUCACAAUAUGAUUCUGAGAACUGUUAUUGUUGAUGACGUAGUGGCGCAACUGAAAUUUUGGAAACAAACAUUUGGUUGCCUGACUACCAUACCUGGAUCCUCGAUGUCAGUUUGCCUUCGGGGUGUCAUUCAGUGUGUGGCAGUAUCGAUUGCAUUACCUCAGGGCUGCUAUCAUUUAACUAAACCCUGAUUUUAUUUCAUUAAUAAUUUUUUUAAAUUAUAUAAUUAAAUGUAAUCCUUUGUAGUACAUUACCCCUGGUGUAGGGUGCAGUUUAUACUCAGGUGAGGUGUGACAUGAGAGCUGUGUCUAAGAGGAAUGUGGUUCUAUGUGGAACCAGCAGGGGGCACACUUUGAGUAGUAUGAAUAUGCCAGAGGACUUUGUGAGCCCGCUGCACUUGUUGGCAUGAUCAUCACAAAUGGCCAGCAGAGUGCGCCAUUCCCUUAGAAAGUGAACAUAGCACGCAACCUUCACAGUACCUGUGGUACUGUGACAUCAUACACUAAAAUAACAUUUUUCAUCAUUCCUGUGCAUAUUCUUUCAUAAAAUGACAAUAGUUUUUGGCCGACAAUCAUUGCAUUGUUUUGCCAAAAAAUAAACUUGGUUCACGUUGAAAUCAUCUAGUAAAAUGUUUUAUUAACUUUAACUUGAUGUGUUGAUUUUGACAGUGUUUUUGUUCUGAAGCAGCUGAUCAUUUUGUAACAAUGCCAUGUAAUAAAAUUACUAUCUCAAA